CUUUUGCCUUGUGUCUGAAUCCUCAACGUUAGUCGAAGGACAAGCAGACAAAAUGCGUGAGUGUAUUUCUAUGCACGUUGGCCAAGCCGGAGCCCAAAUGGGCAACGCAUGUUGGGAACUCUACUGUUUGGAACAUGGGAUCCAGCCAGAUGGACAGAUGCCCUCUGACAAGACGAUUGGAGGAGGCGAUGAUUCAUUUAACACUUUCUUCAGUGAGACAGGCGCUGGAAAGCACGUCCCCAGAGCCAUCUUUGUUGACCUGGAACCUACUGUCAUUGAUGAGGUGCGUACAGGAACUUACCGUCAGCUGUUCCACCCCGAGCAGCUGAUUACGGGAAAGGAGGAUGCUGCCAACAACUAUGCCCGUGGACACUACACCAUCGGCAAGGAGAUCAUAGAUCUUGUUCUUGACAGGACGCGCAAACUGGCUGACCAGUGCACUGGCCUGCAAGGUUUCCUCAUCUUCCACUCCUUUGGUGGAGGCACUGGUUCUGGUUUUACCUCCCUCCUCAUGGAGAGACUCUCAGUUGAUUAUGGUAAAAAAUCCAAGCUUGAGUUUGCCGUCUAUCCAGCCCCUCAAGUUUCCACAGCAGUUGUGGAGCCUUACAACUCCAUUCUGACCACCCACACCACCUUGGAGCACUCUGACUGUGCCUUCAUGGUGGACAAUGAGGCCAUCUACGACAUCUGCCGUAGGAACCUUGACAUUGAGCGACCAACAUACACCAACUUGAACAGGCUCAUUGGUCAGAUAGUCUCAUCCAUCACAGCUUCACUUCGCUUUGAUGGAGCUCUGAAUGUUGACUUGACAGAGUUCCAGACCAACUUGGUGCCCUAUCCCCGUAUCCACUUCCCUCUGGCCACCUAUGCCCCGGUCAUCUCUGCUGAGAAAGCCUACCAUGAGCAGCUGUCUGUGGCUGAC